AGACUCCUCCACCCCAUCUCCGUUUCCUAGGAAACGUGGACUCCGCUUUCCUUUCUGCGUCGCUGCCCCCUUGACGUCACGGUUCGGAUAGGAGGGCGGGGCGGCGCGGGCGACUGGAGGGGCUGUGCACCUGCGCCUCGGCGGGCCGUCUGGGGCAACGUCCCCGGCCCGCCCGGCCCCGCCAUGGCCAGGCCACAGAGGACUCCGGCACGCAGUCCCGACAGCAUCGUCGAGGUGAAGAGCAAAUUUGAUGCUGAGUUCCGACGCUUUGCUCUGCCUCGCGCUUCAGUGAGCGGCUUCCAGGAGUUUUCUCGGUUGCUGCGUGCAGUACAUCAGAUCCCGGGCCUGGACGUGCUGCUUGGUUAUACUGAUGCUCACGGCGACCUACUGCCCCUCACCAACGACGACAGCCUGCACCGGGCCCUGUGCAGUGGGCCCCCACCACUGCGCCUGCUAGUGCAGAAGCGGGCAGAAGCUGAUUCCAGUGGCCUGGCCUUUGCCUCCAACUCUCUGCAACGGCGCAAGAAAGGGCUCCUACUUCGGCCAGUGGCACCCCUGCGCACCCGGCCACCGCUACUGAUCAGCCUGCCACAAGAUUUCCGCCAGGUUUCUUCAGUCAUAGAUGUGGACCUACUGCCUGAGACCCACCGACGGGUGCGGCUGCAUAAGCAUGGUUCCGACCGCCCCCUGGGUUUCUACAUCCGAGAUGGCAUGAGCGUGCGAGUAGCUCCCCAGGGCCUGGAACGGGUUCCAGGCAUCUUCAUCUCCCGCCUGGUACGAGGGGGCCUGGCUGAGAGUACGGGGCUGCUGGCAGUCAGUGAUGAGAUCCUCGAGGUCAAUGGCAUUGAGGUAGCCGGGAAGACCUUGGACCAAGUGACGGACAUGAUGGUCGCCAACAGCCACAACCUCAUUGUCACUGUCAAGCCAGCCAAUCAGCGCAAUAAUGUGGUGCGUGGGGCAUCUGGGCGCCUGGCAGGGCCUCCUUCUGCUGGGCCUGCUGAGCCUGACAGCGACGAUGACAGCAGUGAUCUGGUCAUUGAGAACCACCAGCCUCCCUGUUCCAAUGGGCUAUCUCAAGGGCCUCCGUGCUGGGACGUGCAUGCGAGCCACCUACUUCCUGCUGCCCGCAGCUCUCUGCCCUCCCUGGAUGAUCGGGAGCAGGCCAGCUCUGGUUGGGGGAGUAGCAUUCGAGGAGAUGGUAGUGGCUUCAGCCUCUGACAGGGAAGGAUGCAGCCCCUUGCCACUCCAGGCUCUGGGACAUUCCAAGGACUUUCCCAGUGGGAGGUUUCAGCGUGUUCAAGGGCCCUCUCAGUCUGGGGAACAUUAAAGGUUUUCUACAAAUGCA